ACCGAAUCUCAUUGCUUCAUUCUGCUUUCAUAUCCUAUGAAUUGGAACGCGUACUAAUUAAUAUGUUAAGAUUGUUUCUUUGAUAUUGCAAGACCUUAGGUCUAACCUGUGGUGGUAUUACGUUGGUGCUGUUGACGCCAGUCUCCGAAAAGCAGAUUCAAAGACCUUGCCUGUCCAAACGGCGAACAUGGCAACUACUAUCGACCCAGUGCUCCGCAGCCGGGUUUUGAAGGUCGUCUUCAUUUCUCUUCUACUAGAUCUUAUAUCUUUCACCUUCAUCCUUCCUCUCUUUCCUCGAUUACUGGAGUUCUACCGCUCCUUGGAACCAACCGACAUUGAAUCAUCUCCCACCGUUUUAACGAGCGUUUUGCGUUCUCUUAAUUCGUACAAGAACGCAUUCUCCCGUCCCAUCGACUCUCGCUAUGAUAUCGUGAUACUCGGCGGCGCACUUGGCUCUCUGUUUUCAGGCCUCCAGGCAAUCGCUGCCCCCAUCAUCGGGGCCUUGUCUGAUAAGUACGGCAGGAGGAAAGCCCUGCUAAUCAGCAUGUGUGGAAAUAUUGCGAGCGUGCUGUUAUGGCUUCUGGCCACCGAUUUUAGAACCUUCUUACUGAGUAGAGUCGUGGGAGGGUUGAGUGAAGGCAAUGUGCAGAUCGCAACUGCGAUAGCCACGGAUAUUAGUGACGACAAGCAGAGAGGAGCGACAAUGGCCUUGGUGGGUGCCUGUUUUUGUAUAGCUUUUACUUUUGGUCCAGCCCUUGGCGCCUAUCUCAGCACCAUAUCGCUUGUGGCCGCAAAUCCGUUCGCAACAGCGGCCGGCUUCUCACUUUUCCUCAUCGUGGUCGAAACGGUCUACCUUUUUUUUUAUCUCCCAGAGACGCUCCCAGCUAUUACGACGGGUACAACUCCAACCACGGGCCCUUCGUCGAAGCCAAAAGGAACUCCAGAGGCGCCAAUCCGCACCAAUUCGCAUCUACUGCUCAACAGCACUCAUCUUAUGUUUAUCCUUGUGUUCUCUGGCAUGGAAUUCUCUCUUCCCUUCAUGACGCAUGACCUAUUUCACUACAGCGCCGGUUCUAAUGGUCGGCUACUUGGUUACAUUGGCCUCAUCGCUUCUAUCCUUCAGGGCGGCGUCACUCGGCGACUCCCUCCACUCGUUUGCGUGCGCCUUGGGGUGGUGUCAUGCCUUAUUGCUUUCAUUAUUCUCUCGACCACCACUACUGUUGUUGGAUUAUAUGCUGCAUCUACAUUAUUGGCAGUGACGACGGCGACUGUAGUAACAGGACUUAACGCCCUAAGCAGCUUUGAAGCCGGUGCAGGUGAGAGAGGCGGGAAAUUGGGAAAUUUAAGGAGCUGGGGUCAGAUUGGGCGUGCGAUCGGGCCAUUGGCAUUCUGCAGUCUUUACUGGUGGGCAGGCAGAAAUAUUGCGUACCAGAGUGGUGCUGUGGCAAUGAUGGUAGUGGUUGGGUUUGUUUUUGUGGGAUUGAAAGACCCAAGGAAACAGGAGACAUUGACUGAUUUGAAGGAGAAAAAAGAGAUAUAAAGAUACGAAACUCUGUAAGAUAUGAAGUUCUGUGACAGAGACUGCACAUCAUGACCAUUACAUUGAGAGACUCCUUCUUAUAUCCUUUGAUUACUUGGUAACCCUGACAAGACGCAACUCUCAAAACAUAUUUGUUACUUUUAUUGAUAAAGUAGCAAGUUUGCAACACUACCAUUAAACAUCUUGUCCAUCUUUAAAUCUAUAACCCUUAUCCUUCAGGAAAUGAAAUUAUAUCUCG